AUAAAAAAACAAAAGAAGAGGGGGGUCGUUCUACAUUCGUCGUCCUCCUCGUUCUCGCUGUGACUUUGCUUCCCCGUUCGGGUCUCUAUAGAAGCGGCCGUGAAUUCACUCCUCAUACCUAUACGAACAGUUUUUCUAUUGGAAACUUCUAGAAUAAAAGGAGAGCAAAGAUUAUCGAGAGAAGAGAGGGACAAGUUAGAGGAGAGCGUUAGAGGAUCUGUUGACGCAGAAAUAGAGAGGAUGGGACCGGGUUUGUCGUCGACGGCGGCCGAGAAACAAGCGGAGCAGCUAAGGCAAGAUGGGAAUCUUUACUUCUCAAAGGAUCGUUUCGGGGCCGCCAUCGACGCCUACACUGAGGCAAUCACGCUGUGUCCAAAUGUCCCGGUUUAUUGGACGAAUCGCGCUCUCUGUCAUCGUAAAAGGAAUGAUUGGGAAAAAGUCGAAGCAGAUUGUCGCAAAGCCAUUCAGCUGGACCACAAUUCUGUCAAGGCCCAUUAUAUGUUGGGACUUGCCUUAUUACAAAUGAAAGAAUAUGCUGAAGGAGCCAAGCAAUUGAAAGAGGCUUUAGAUCUUGGGAGGGGUCCAUACAAGAAGGGUUACAUGGUAGAGGAGAUUUGGCAGGAGCUUGCAAAAGCAAAAUACAGUGAAUGGGAGCGGUCAUCUACUAAGCGGUCAUGGGAACUACAAAACUUGAAAGAAGCUUGUGAGUCGGCUCUUACAGAAAAAAAUUUCUUAGAUUCUCCAGCAGAAGGGUUUGGGGAUGAAGUUGCUGCUGCACAGUUGAAGCAGUUUGAAUCUCUGCAACAAGUAUUCCGGAAAGUGUCUGAAGAUGACACUCCAACUGAGGUGCCGGAUUACCUGUGUUGUAAAAUCAGUCUUGAUAUUUUCCGGGAUCCUGUCAUAGCUCCCAGUGGGAUUACGUAUGAAAGAGCAGUGAUCUUGAACCAUCUUCAGAAGGUGGGUAAGUUUGACCCAAUCACACGUGAACCACUUGAUCCUUCCCAGCUAGUACAAAAUUUGGCAAUAAAGGAAGCAGUGGAGGCAUUUCUAGACAAACAUGGUUGGGCUUACAAGAUGGACUGAAAGCCGAUCAGCAGAUGAUAUCAAUAUGUGAUGGACAAAAUGGGCAGAGCACUGUUCGUAUAGACUACUCGCUAUUUGCUGUAAUUUGGUUCUUCCGCAUUUUUGGCAUAGCUUUUGAUGCGUGGUGAUACAUGCUACCAAUGAGACAAAGGCUCCAUCAUGUUUUGAAUUGCACAGGUAUUUUUGUAACUCGCUGUUCACUUAUGUACAUAUUGCAACUUAUUCUUGCUUACAAACUGUGAAUUGGAGGAUUGAUUUUCUGGUUGAUGAUUGAUAUAUAUAUCAAUAUAUGGACAACUGCUUAUGGUAAUUAAUGUUCAGUUUCUUAUCUUGUAA